AUGGACUCCCCAGCUGCGCCAUGGCAAUUCCCCUUCUCCGUCCGGCUCAAGAUCGAGAGCAGUGAGCCUCGUGAUGUUCUGCAGCUGGAACGAACAUUUUUGACAUUUUUACGAUUUUCCAUGUCACUUAUAUUUACUUCUUUGGCAAUUGUUCAGCAUUUCCGGUUGAAUACUAGUGGCAAAAGUGACCCUUUUCGACCCAGAACGCGAUUCACGGUGCCUGUGUCGUUUACUUUGGUGGGCUUGGCGGUUUUUGCGUUGUCUGUGAGCGCAGUCAACUAUUUUGUCACCGUUAAUCGAUACGCCCAACACAAGAUCCAAACACACGGAGUGUACAAUGCUGCCACAGUGGUGUGUAUGACGUGUAUAAUGGUGGGAAUGAUUGCCCUUUGCACGCUUUUGAUCAUUGAGAGUUACAUGAAUGCGGUUUGA